GGUCCGUUCAAACCGCCCGCGAGGCUGAGAGGGCGGUUGUUGUUGGCGGCUGUGGCUAAGGCAGACGCCCGUUUUAGCCGUUGGGGAACCGUUGGGAAUCCGGUAUCCGAUGCGGACGCCAUGGAGCCAGAGAGGGAAGGGACCGAGAGACACCCCAGGAAGGUCAGGAAAAGGAGGCAGGCCCCAAACAAGCUCGUCGGGGCGGCUGAGGCGAUGAAAGCCAGUUGGGAUCUCGAGGAGAGUCAGCCCGAGGCCAAGAAAGCCCGCUUAUCUACCAUUUUAUUUACUGACAACUGUGAAGUAACCCAUGACCAGCUGUGUGAAUUGCUGAAGUAUGCAGUUCUGGGCAAAUCCAGUGUUCCAAAACCCAGCUGGUGCCAGCUUUUUCAUCAAAACCACCUAAACAACGUAGUGGUUUUUGUUCUGCAGGGAAUGAGUCAGCUACACUUUUACAGGUUCUAUUUGGAAUUUGGAUGUCUUCGAAAAGCAUUCAGACAUAAAUUCCGCUUGCCUCCACCAUCAUCUGAUUUUCUAGCUGAUAUUGUUGGGCUACAAACAAAACAAAGAGCUGGAGAUCUGCCCAAGACAAUGGAAGGGCCUUUACCUUCUAAUGCAAAAGCCACCAUCAACCUUCAGAAUGACCCCAUCAUUCAAAAGUAUGGCUCUAAGAAAGUGGGCUUGACCAGAUGCCUUCUGACAAAGGAGGAAAUGAGAACGUUUCACUUUCCAUUACAAGGUUUUCCUGAGUGUGAAAACUUUUUACUUACCAAAUGUAAUGGUUCUAUAGCAGACAAUAGUCCUCUCUUUGGACUUGACUGUGAAAUGUGCCUCACAUCUAAGGGGAGAGAGCUAACACGCAUCUCACUGGUUGCUGAAGGAGGCUGCUGUGUUAUGGAUGAACUGGUCAAACCUGAAAAUAAGAUUCUGGACUACCUCACCAGCUUUUCAGGAAUCACGAAGAAGAUUCUUAACCCAGUGACGACCAAACUCAAAGAUGUACAGAGGCAGUUAAAAGCACUGCUUCCUCCUGAUGCUGUGUUAGUGGGCCACUCCUUAGAUUUGGAUCUCAGAGCACUGAAAAUGAUACAUCCAUAUGUUAUUGAUACAUCAUUGCUUUAUGUCAGAGAGCAGGGCAGAAGAUUUAAGCUGAAGUUCUUAGCCAAAGCUAUUUUGGGGAAGGAUAUACAGUGUCCAGACAGACUUGGUCAUGAUGCCACAGAAGAUGCUAGAAUAAUCCUUGAAUUGGCUCAGUAUUUCCUUAAGUAUGGCCCAAAAAAGAUUGCAGAACUAAAUCUAGAAGCACUAGCUAAUCACCAAGAAAUAAAAGCAGCAGGCCAAGAGCCUAGAAACACAACAGAAGUACUUCAGCAUCCAAACACAAGUGUUUUAGAAUGCUUGGAUUCAGUGGGUCAGAAGCUUCUUUUUUUGACCCGGGAGAUAGAUGCUGGUGAACUUGCAUCUUCCAGAAACUGUCAAACUAUAAAGUGUCUUUCAAAUAAAGAGGUUCUUGAGCAGGCCAGAGUGGAAAUCCCCCUGUUUCCCUUCAGCAUUGUUCAGUUCUCUUUUAAGGCCUUUUCACCUAUCCUCACCGAGGAGAUGAACAAAAGGAUGAGGAUCAAGUGGACAGAGAUAUCAACUGUCUAUGCUGGGCCAUUUAGCAAAAAUUGCAAUCUCAGGGCUCUGAAGAGGCUAUUUAAGAGCUUUGGCCCAGUCCAGUCAAUGACUUUUGUUCUUGAAACCCAUCAGCCUCAUCUCUGUAUACAGUAUGAAGUCCUAGAAGCAGCCCAGCUGGCCAUAGAGUCCUUGGAUGGUAUUCUGGUAGAUGGUACCUGCAUCAAGGUGCAGAGGCCUGUGACAGAGCUCACGCUUGAUUGUGAGACCCUCGUGAAUGAGCUGGAAGGAGAUUCUGAAAACCAAGGCUCUAUAUAUCUGUUUGGAGUGAGUGAAACCUUCAAAGAACAGCUGUUGCAGGAGCCCCGCCUCUUUCUUGGCCUGGAAGCUGUGAUCUUGCCUAAAGAUCUUAAAAAUGGAAAGCAGAAAAAAUACUGUUUCCUAAAAUUCAAAAGUUUUGGCAGUGCCCAGCGGGCCCUCAACAUUCUCACAGGCAAGGACUGGAAGCUGAAAGGCAGGCAUGCUCUAACCCCCAGGCACCUCCAUGCCUGGCUCAGAGGCUUACCACCUGAAUCAAGAAGGCCCGCAGGGCUUCGUGUUGUACCUCCCCCUUUUGAACAGGAGGCCUUGCAGACUCUGAAACUGGACCACCCAAAGAUAGCAGCCUGGCGCUGGGGCCGGAAGAUUGGAAAGCUCUACAACAGCUUGUGCCCAGGCACUCUCUGCCUCAUCCUGCUGCCAGGAACCAAGAGCACUCAUGGUUCACUCUCUGGCCUAGGACUGAUGGGAAUAAAAGAGGAAGAAGAAAGCACCAUCUCAGGCCUGUGAUCAUGAGUCGGCCUACCAUGUUUCCAUGUGCCAUUUCUUACCCCUUGUAGGCAAUGGCAAAGAAUGUGGUCAGGCUGUAGUCUCUCCAACCAGCAGACAGCUUUUGUGGAAACUUGGUGUAGCAGCUAAAAGAGUUUAGUUUGUUUAUAUGGCAUGUAUACGUUUUCAAUAAAUGCCUAAAGUUCAAGCAUAGUAUGGGGGUGUCCACAGAUUGUUUCUUUGUGUCAUUGAGUUUAUGUGCAUAGGCGUGGUAGCAGGUACUCACUCCACGUAGCACCCCUAUUACGUGGUAUAUUCUGGUAAGGAAACCAAGAGGACUGACUGCUCUGCAGAAACCCAGCCAAUUAGACAAUAUGUCAAAGUUGUAAUGUCUGUGAAGCAAAUUUCUUUAAACUGUUUUCUUAUUGACAGCUCUUAUAAAAUUGAAGGGCAAUGAUAGGCUGAACUGAAAAAUCUGGCAAGUCCACCAGGCAGUGGAGUGGAAGAUUCUUUUAGUUUUUUUAAGCAGCCCUGGAAACCCCUUCCAUUCCACGUUUAGGAAUCCUUCCCUUCAGAACAUGACUGCAGUGCCACCCUUCACCAGUAGGUGCCUCCAUCACACCAUCUCUCCCCCUAGGAACUGGAAACUUGAAAUUCAGUAAAAGCCGUUUUAAUCAACUCUCAAACUGGUAACAAUCUGUGUUGGAAAGGACAUGGGGCAUAGGCACCCAAUUCCAAAACUAGUAGAGAUAUUAACUGCCCUCCAGAAAAGAUGAAUCUGGCAUACAGUAUGUAUCAUACCCAAAAACCUCAUAAAUUGCUCCAUACACUGAGACCCUGUAAUUCUACAGCAUUGUCCUAGGGUACUAGGAUCGUUACACAAAAACAUGUAAUGAAGGAGAUAUCACAGGGUUAUUACAAUGGAGUUAUAGAUAGCCAGUUCUAAAGUGUGUGUGUGUGAGAGAGUAAAAUCUUCAGUGAAAGAGAUCUUCAAGAAGAGGCAGUAGACCUCUAGAUCCAGAAUGCUUGACUUUGAAUCCCAGCUUUUUAAAUCAUUAGCUGUGUGAACUUGAAUAUUACUUAACAUUCCUGUGUCUGGAAUAAUGGCAUGUAUCCAGAGGAUUACAGAUUAGUGAGAUUAUGUAUUCACAGUACUGUAUAUUAUUUGUUGUAUGAAGUCUGGAGGGAUACAGAAUAGCAUGUAGUUUGAGUCCACUUUUGAGGGAUACAGAAUAGCAUGUAGUUUGAGUCCACUUUUGUAGGAGAAAAUAUACAAGUUAUACAUAGGCUUCUAACAAAACCUGCAAGGCUAUAUGCCAAAAUGUUAACAGUAUAUAUCUACGGCUAGUGGCAUUGACAAAUUAGGUUUUAACAAAUGCUUUUCUGUUGUAGACUCGACUUUUUUCUUAAACAUUCAAUAUACAUUGCUUUUAUAAUUGGAAAAUAAUUCUUAACAGCUGCUGUCAGGAGAAGAAAAGAAGAAAAAGAUAAUUCUACUUAAAAUUAACUCUUAGGGUUGGGCAGUUGGAGCAGUGUUUCCUGUAAAUGUAGCUUCAUAAUAUCUGGUCCUAUAUGAAAGUUUAAAUGUAGCUUCUGUAAGAUCUGGCCCUAUAUGGAACCAGAACUGAAGAGCUUGACUUGGGGUCAGACACUGCAACUUGAUUCAAGUCCCUUCAUCAGAAGGAAAGUUCCCUAGGUGAACUGCCAACUUCUGCUGCAAGGCCCUGAGAACUUGAAGCUGACAAGUGUUGUUGGGUUCCUUCCUGCCCAGCUGAGCUCCAAAGCUGUGAGAGCUUAGCUGCUGUUUACCUCUUGAGGCUGAAGUCUUCAGAGACAAAUUAAGUGCCUGCCUUGAAUAUGAACAGGCCUGGGUUGGAGCUUCACCUCCCACACACACCUGAGUAUUUGGGGGCAAGUCACUUAACCUCAUUUGAGGCUAUUUCCACAGCUGUGUAAAAUGAGGAAAUAACUACUUUUGAUUAUUGAGACAUUUGUGGAAAAUGACACAGUAAUGCACUAUGUGUGAAUUAUUUUCCCUCUCUGGGCCUGUUUCCUCACCUUUAAAAUGGGGGAAAUUAGUACUUCAUAAGGUUAUGAGGAUUAAACUAGGAAAAGUCAAGAUUGAGUGCUGAAUGACAUACUAUUUUACUAAGGAUCAUCUCCCUGUACCAAGAGCACUCCACUUGCUCCCAAGAAUAGCCAAGGCCAUCUUUUUCUUAGGAGAAAGGGUAGGGCUGGAGGUUUCCCCAGGGAUCCAACUCCAGAACUCUGCAGAGAUGGGCCUGCACGACAAGGCCUCUGAGACUUCAGUCUGCACACUCUGUUCUUUCGCCUGAUGCUCCACCUUUUGGAAGCCAAAGCUGCCAACUUGGCCUCUUGCAAAACACACAUUCCAUUCAUAAGUGCGUUUGUGCAUUUUUCCUCCCACACCCUUCUAGGCAGCCAGUGCAGAGCUGCCAAGGCAGCUGCUGGAGAAGCAGCUUCUUAUGGAGGAAAAGCAACUCCAAGGGCUUUUACAGAACUCAUGGUUUAGGCUUUGAACACAUUACUCCCAUUUUCUGGUCUCCUUGCCCAUAGUGGGGUUGUUCAUUUCCUUUUGCCCCCCUUUCUGUAAAUAACCUCUUCCCUAUUAUAAAGGAAACCUAUUAAUGAAAAUUUGAAAAAUACAGAAAAAUUUAAAUCACAACUGAUCCCACCAUCAAUGGUCAAUGACUGCCAAUAUUUUAUAAUCGAUCAACUUUUUCCAUGAUGAUAGAAAUUCUAUUAUUCAAAAGCAGAGUAUAACAUUCUAGCAUUGAUGUAUGCCAUAAUUUCUAAAGCAGUCCCUUUUGUUGACAUUGAAGUUGUUUCCAAAUGAUGCUGCUGGUGAUAUCCUUGCACAUACAUCCUUGGAGAUUUUUUAGGAAGAAAUCUCACAUGCUUUUAACUCCAGAAAGGCUUUUACUGUUUACUAGCAUAGAUUUGCUUCAAAUUUUUGCCAAUAUGUUUUUCAUUGUAUAUUUAAUUCUACUUAUUUGAAUACCCUUUAGAGUGGCAUCCUGCUUUUUUCCCCAGAAGCUUUUUGGUAAAUUAUUUUUCCUAAGUGAGUUGUUCAUAUCCUUUGCCAUUUUUCUGUUGGGAAGCCAGGUCCUUUUCCAUACUGAAUUAAGAGCACCUUAUGGAUUCACUAUAGUGUCCAUUUAUAAACUAUUACAAAAUUUUAGUUUGCUUUUUAAGGUACAUCAUUUUAUGUUUAGUCUUUUGUGAUUUCUUCUAUUUGCUUUUCUGCUUAGAAAGCCCUGACUGAUCUCUGGAUCCAAUGACAAGUUUAUAUAUUUCAAUGAUUUAAUGUCUAUACUUCAUAGCCUUAUUUUUCUUGGAAUUUAUUUUGGCAUGUAAUAACUUACUCCCAAAUAUUUAGAUAAUUUUACCCAAUUAUCUAGUUUUACUUACCCAAUGAAGGACGAGGCUCCUUUAUAAGUCCACGUGUAUACUAGGGCCAGUAUUCAUGUUUUCUGCUGUCUUGUCAUGUAGCAGUACCACACUAUUGUACAGCUCUAUAAUGUACUAGCAGUUUUAGCAGCAGCACCCCAGAUAAGCACAGGGCCCAUGGAGAGUACCCAUCAGCAUGGAUUACAAAACACUGUAGAGUUCAGAUGCUUUGCUGCUGACUGCACUGGUGCUGCUACAUUCCACCAGGACUUUUUCAGCACCCCUGAGUCAAGAGAUGGGAUAAGGGUCAGAACACUGGACAGAAGAUUAAACUCAGGUAGGAGCCUUAUAUUUUUAAGACAGGGCAUCCUCAGAAGUUGACAUAAAGGAAAGGAAAUGGAAAGGUUAGGCAAGCUCCCUAAUCUUAUCAGGCAGACUAACCCUUUUUGACCUACGUCAAAACUGAGAGCUAGAAGGAUGACUCCCAGAGCCAAUCCAGCCAUGUGCUUCAGCAACUGGAUUUGAAAGGAGGAAAGAAGCCAGUGUUGCAACUUUCAUACUCCUCCGACCCUGAGCACUACCUUCAGUGCACCUUUCUUGCUAGAAAGCAUUCCAUGUGCAGUUAAGCUCAUCUGGUAACUAAGUGAAGUUGUUUGCCCAUCAUCUAAUUGAAAAUUGGAUUUUAGCUGUAAUCUAUACAGCCUGUGACGGCAGCACUUUGAAUAGCCCAGGCUCUAUACAAGCCCCCAAGUCAGUAUCCUUCCACUUUAUUCCCCAAACUUAUUUGUAAGGCUCUGGCUGGGCUCCGUCACGCAGAAGUGCCAAAGCACAGAAGAAACAAGCCCACGAGCCAACUGGGGAAUGCUUUAGAGGCAUACUUUUUAAGUGAGGAAAACAUCACCCCUUAGAUUUCCUUCCAGCCCCCACCGGGUCCUGUCCUUAGUAAUGACAGAGGAAGAGAAAGAGUUCCAGUUCAUUGAGGAAAUCUCAGAAACCUCUCCAUAAUCAGAGAAUGUAGACAUGACUUCCAGAGCCUUUGCGACUGAAAAGUACACCUACUCCCACCACCAUACUUAUUUAUUUUUACAAAAUACCAACAUGAGGCUGGGAAUCUUUGGGGAGGCCAUCAGGGCCUCCAUGAAAGAAAUGUGUAAGAUGACCACUCAAGAGCUUUCCUGAAUGUAAACAAGUAGGCAGAAAAUACAAUGGAAGGAAGCUAAGGGUCUUAAGUGGUCUAAUCAUCAUACAUCUAGAGUGUUAAGAGGCAGAUGGGAAUCACGGAUCACGUUAGUCUGAGCUUCUUCCCCCAUCCCCAAUUUGGCACAGAGGAAAAUUAAGCCCCUAAGAGGGGCUGUGACUUGUGAAAGGUCAUGUAUGACCAUGCCAACCCCCCUCUCUUAUUCUCUGGUUUCCCUGCAUUACUCACCUAACAUUCCUUUGGACAACCUUAAAAGAGCUUGUAAUGUUUGAGCACUUAUGUGUCAUUGGGACUUUAUCAAGACUUUUAAAAUUCUAGCACUCUGAUGGAAGCAAAAGCCUUUUAAUUUUGGAGAUGAGUAAAAGGAAACUUAGAGGUUCACUAACUUGCCAAAGGUCACACAGCAGUGGCACUUGAGUUUAAGCCAGAUACAGCUCGUUUCCUUUGCCUUAAUCACUGCCAUACUGUUAAAUCUAGGGGUCAUGCAUUUAACACAGUGCUCAACUUCGCUUUUUAUUCCUCAUGAGAAUUCACAUUAGUUGCUAAGGUAAGACUAUUUAGGCAGUGGCCCUGUGAAGACUUAUUUGCUCUUUGCCUCUCAGCACUAAGACCCCCAAAAGCCACUCUAUUAAUAUUAAGCUUGGUAUGUGGGAGGUUAACACCCAUGUUUGGAGUCUGAGGAUCCUGUACUUAUCUGGAUUGUUUUUCAAAGAAUAAAAAUUGUCACUCAAUAUUAUGUUGGUAGAAGCUCCCAGUAGGUAAAUUUUGCCCCAGAAUAAAGUCACUGUUUUGUUUUUGUUUUUGUUUUUUUUGUAGAAAUAUCAAUAAUCAAGUAAACAAAUUUAUUAAAUCCAACAGCAGGUAACCGUCCAAAUAAAAAACAUUAAAGGAAAAAAUGUAGACAUCAAAGACAAAAAUGUGUGUAACAAGUCAAUAAAAAUACUCAAGGGGCCAUUUGGAGAGUGCAACAGUGCAGAGAAUACAAACAAAAGUAUUAACUUUUGUCAAGUUUGUACAACCUCAACAAACAGACACACUGGUCACAAACCAAGAGGGAUCCACAAAGGUGGAGGGUCACAUGAGCAGUGGACUCAUCACCUCAGCGGCUUAAGGCAGGGUAUAUCUGUGGGACCAAUUCAUCCAAGCCCCAUUUGCCUAUUGCUUCACAUUCCCCCUUUAAAACCUAGAGUCAUAUUCAUUAGUGCAACAGGUAAGAGCAAUUAAUCACAGACGGAGCUGGGGACCAGGGUCAGAGGGAAGACACUUCUCCCAGAGCAAAUGUAUGCGUGUCGGGGGAAUGAAAAACCCCAGCAGCUGCUGAAUGGCUUCCUUUGGCAAUAUCCAAGAUUUGUGUUGAAAGGAGCAGGGAAGUUGGAUGGGUGGCAGAAGUAGAUAUCUAUGAGAUAGGCUGGGUUUCCAAGAAGAGAAGAAUAGGGAGGACAUGAUGCCCAGCACCUGAAUCAGAAGCAGAACCCAAUGGUUAUGCAAAGCUAUUUGAACUAUUUUGGCUUCUGCAACCAGUGCUCAAGAAUCUAUUUCGUCUUUUGAAAAGGGAGAAAACCCCUGCUGAUCUUCACCAACAUGCAGUCCCAGUCCAGUUUAAACUGGAUACGCAAUUACAGCUUAUCAUAGGAAUAAACUCUGAAGGGGGGUGGAUGGGAACCUUUAUAUGAUCUGAAAACACACUGUGGAGUAAGAGGAGGAUCAAUGUCGCAUUUCAUCAAUGAGUCCCAAUUAACACAAUUCAACAACCUUCAUAGUUCUUUCAGUCAUUUAAACAAGAUACUGCUGUAGUCCUCCUCCAAGGAAGACCCAUCAUUUACCAAGAUGUUCAAGUCCCCUAAGGAAGACCUUUGUCAGUUACCAAGAUGCUCAAGUCAUAGCUAACCAAACAUGAGAGACAAGAAAAAUAGCAAAGCAGUCAAGUAAAAGGCAACAAAAACCUAGCAGCAGCUUUCUUCCAUGCCUUAACCUUAUAAUUGCAUAACUGAGUCUACCUUUUGGGCUUCACUGCACUGAAGACCUCAUUUGGAAUCUGGCAAACCAAACACUCCUAAAUAUAUAGGUUGGUGUAAAAGUAAUUGUGGUUUUUGCCAUACUUAAUGGCAAAAACAUACAUAAAGUAUGGCAAAAACUUACUUUUGCACCGACCUAACAGAUCUGUUUUGGUUUGUAAACUUUUAGACAAGUUCUUAUCCCAGUAACUUCCCACCACUGUUCAAUACAAUUUGGCAUAGUAUGUAGCACAUGAGGCCAUCAAGUGUACUAUGGGGUCCCACACCCUGCAGCCUCCAGCAUUCGGCACCAGUCCCUGGAGACCAGUACUGCUUCAAAGACUAAUACUGUGUGGCUUAAUCCUUUCUCCCUUUCCAAAAAGACUAGUUUGUGCCUUCCUUGGGGAAGCUUAAUACUGAAAACACUGCCUUGUAUGUUUUCAAUUGUUAUUUUCCUGGGCCCAGGGUUUGGUUAAAAUUUAGAUCUUUACCCAGCUCUAGAUUCAUCUUCCCUUAUCAGAGGGGCAGACGUGGGUUCCUGGACCCAACUCACACAGGUAGGCAGCACUUCAGCUGCUGAGACGACGAGCUGAAGCAUAGCAAAGCCGCUUACAGGAGGUAGGGUUAAGAAUGAUACAUUGAGAUUUGGCAAAGAUGGGGGAAAGAGCAAUUCAAUGAAGCAGCACGUUAUCUCACACCAUCUUUCUAAUAAAUUGCUAAAGAAACAUCACAAAAGCUUACAAAGCCAUUUGUCAAAACCGAGUUGUUUCUUAUUUCCCAACACACAGCUUGUUGUCGUCCUCAGCUGUUGCCAAUUUCCAAAGUGGCAUCCAUAUCCUGCCCCUCUCCACAUCACCCUGAUGUUCUAUUGCUAAGCAAGGAGUGUACUGGCUUACCUGAGGGGCACACAUUCAGCCUCUCACACAGACUUACCACUCAUUAAGUGGCAAACCUAUUUCUACGUUGAAGGGAACAAGGCUUUUCAUUUCCCAGAAGUAUAACUUCAAACCCUACACACACCUCACCUUGGAUCCCUUUGCAGAAAAACUGCAUUUCUUGUGGUCAUGAAAGAGUCAAGCAUUGGCCCAGAGCGACUGCAGAAGCUUGAAAUCUUUGCUGGACAUCAAAUACUCAAACUUGGAAGGAACUUGUAAGUUCCUCCCUGACUGCUCCCUUUUCUGGCUUCUCAUUUGCAAAUGGAUCAAUAUAACCAAAAAAUAACUAAAUGGCUUUUUUGGUGGGGGAUGAGGAGGCUAAAUAGUUAAUUUAAAAAACAACAAAAUCCACCCACUCUAGUACACGUAAUGCACGGAAUGUCUUCUUAAAGGGUGGGGAAGGAACCUAGUUUCUCUACUCAGGGUCCUGGGCUGCCUCCCUCUUUUGCACACUUCUCUCUGAUACACCCUGAUCUGGGAUGGAAAGGGCCUUACCUGGCCAAGUGCAGCCUGCCUUUUCCCUCAGUCAACCACUACCCAAUCCAGAACCGAGGAAAAUGAGUUGCAAACGGCUUAAUGAAACAGCAGUCUUUUUAAAACCUCAGUCUGGGUACCCAGCUACAGCUGAUCCCACAGAAACUGCUGGGACCUCUGGAGACUUACUCCAGAGCCUUAUUUAGCUAGAACAGAAGCCAGGCAUCUGGCCCAAGACCCCCUCCAGCUUUCUAGCAAUACUAUAUCAUGAAUGAUCUUAAAGUUUCCCAUUUGCCCCUCUAAAAGAAAAAGUGACGGUUUUGGUUUUUAAAAAAAAAAAAAAAAAAAAAAAAAAAAAAUUCCAAGUAUGUUCCUUAUAGCCAAUAUCAAUUUUAGAAAAAUACUGACUGCCAAAACUAUUUAAUAACCCUUAAGGUGGGAGCCCAGAGCUAUAAGGCUGCUCACAAUGGAACAUGCAAUUCCUGCCCAGGCUGAGAAACAUACCUGGGACACAGCGGGGUAUUAUGUUAGGGGAAAAACCUCCAAAUGUUUAAUAGACAAAGUCUCAUUACCUCAAGAGUAUAAAUAUUUUUAUAAGUUUUUAUUUAAAAGAUUCCCUUUUUAAUCUGUUCCAAAGUGUUGGUAGCUGAACUAUACAAGUUCCUGCCACCCAUCCUUCCAGUACAGUUUUGUGAGGACAUAUUUUUUAAAUGGAAAAAUAACAGGAGGACCCUCUAACUGAAACCAGGUAGGACCAGAGUCAGUUCCUCAGGCCCCUGCGGCAGUCUGGCCAAAGCUGGCCUUACGAAGCGAGCGCGUGGAGAAGUCUGGGGAACCAGGCCCUCCCUCUUGUGAGGGAAGGGCUGAGCAAAACUCAUGUUCUCUUUAGUGAAAAUGGUCCAAAUUCAGAUCCAAAAGCCUCCAUUAUGGCAUUCCCUGGCACUCUUCUUAUACUUUAUACAUUGAAGGCAGCUCCCUCUUUUAUGGCCAGUAUAAGCAGGCAAAGAAACAAAGGAAUAUAGAUACAUAUAUGUGUAUAUAUAUAUAUUUUAUAUAGGUAAAAUAUAUACAUAUUUUAUAUAUGUAUAUAUACAUAUUUGGGGGUAGGGAAAGGAGAGGAGGGUCAUGUAAACCUAAACAGUCAUCACAUUACCCCAAAUGAGCCUGACUUUAACAAAAAGAUAAUAAAUAACUCCUGGGGGUUAAGUGACAACAUGGGUGCAGCAAGAAGGGAAAGGGCACAAAUUUAACUAUUAAAUACACUUUGAUAUUUGUUUGGCAGAGUUCAGGCCAACCCCAGGCUUCUGCCCUUGCCAGACAAGUAAGCUGAUGAUAUUCAAAGAAAAAAAUAAAAAUAUUAAAAAAAAAAAUUCAAGCAGAGCUCCAUACCACAGUUUUCCUUCAAGUCAGUUGGCCGGCAGGCAGUUUCCCGACCAC